AUGCCCCCAGCAGCGAGGAAGAAGGCACGCCGCGCGUCUCCAGAAGCGGAGGCUGGUCCGUCGAACGCGGCAGGGCCGAGCACCGAGCCGAGCGCGUCCCAUCUGGUCUCCUUCCUCACGUCGUACGCAGACCGGGAACGGGGCUCGUCCGCCUCUGGGUCGGACGACGAGGGCUCAGCAAGCGGCAGCGGGACGGACAACGAGGCCGAGGACCCAGACGACGAUGGAGGACAUACACGGACACCGGGGAGGCGCGGACUGGUCGGCACGCCGAGCAAGCGGCGCAAGACGGCGACGCCGACAUCCACCCCACGACGACGAGCAACGCCAAAGAAGGGCACGGCGCUGACGCCGCGCAAGCCAACGGACGAGGGGUUCGUCCGCGCGUCCCGCGCCGACGGAUACUUUCUCACCACGUCGCGCUCGGCGCGCACCUCGGGCCAGUCGUACACGUCGCUCGCGCAGCCGCUCAGCCAGGCAGAGUACGAGGCGGCCGCGAACGGCGUGCGGGCCGGCCAGGAGCGCGUGCAGCAGGCGCUGGAGCGUGCCGAGGCGCACUUUGACCAGUGGGCCGAGGAGCUCGCGGCAGGUUUCAACCUCCUCCUGUACGGCUAUGGCUCGAAACGACGCCUCGCAAACCGCUUCCUCGAGUCGCAUCUCGCCAAGCGCGGCCACUGCGCCGUCGUCAACGGCCACUUUCCCCAGCUCGGCAUCCGCGACGUCUUGUCAGCGCUGGAAGAUACGCUCAAGAUUGCGGACGCGCCGUCACCGCCUGCGGCGACGCCGCUGGAACGAGCAGCGUACCGCCUUUACGCUGCCUUCUCGGGGAAGCGGAGAACGCCACCACUGUUUCUCGUCCUACACAACAUUGACGCACCAGCGUUGCGAACGCCCAAGGCGCUCGCAGCAUUGUCUUUGCUGGCGUCUUCGCCACGGAUACACCUCGUCGCGACAUUUGACCACGUCAACACGCCACUGUUGUUUUCCGCGACGCUGAACAACACACCGCCACAUGCGCCCGGCGCCACUGUCAACGGGGAGGUCCCGCCAUCACGCGGCUUCAACUGGCUGUAUCACUCUGUGCCGACGUUUGACGACUACGAUGUCGAGUUGGCGCAUGCGCGGUUGUCUGCUGCGACCCUGGCGCUUGAGGGGGCCGGCCGUGCAGGCAUCAGCGAGGAAGGCACGCUGCAAAUCCUGCGCUCUGUGCCGCCCAUGGCGGCGCGCCUCCUCAAGGUCAUUUUGACCACCCAGGUGGCGUCCCUACCGGCAGAUGCAGCGAGCCAUGUCGCACACCCACCAUCACAAACGGCGCCUGGGUUCGCACUCGACGUCGACCUCCUCCAGCGGACCGCACGAGACAAGUUUAUCGCCCGCGAAGAGGACAGGUUCAACGCGCUCCUCGGAGAGUUCCGCGACCACGGGCUCGUCAUCGUCGCUGAGCUGGACGCUGAAGGCAGGACGGGCCGCUGGGCCUGGGUGCCACUUGGCAAGGCUGCCAUUGAGCGCAUUUUGGAGGAAAUGAAGGACGUCGAGGGGUGA